AUGGCAUCUCAACACUCUCUCCAAAAGCUGUCAUCGCCCUCAUGGGGUCUCUCGCUGGCCGUUCACCUUCUCGGCAUAGCCUCCUUCAACUACAACUUCAUGUUCCUCCAACAAUGGGACGUUCCUAUUGCAAAAGCCUACGGAUGGCACUUCCAGUUCCUGACAAUCCUUGGCCUUGCGGCGUCAAUGAUUGGUUUCAUGUUCGGUGCUGCGGCUGAUCUCACAAAGAGCCAUACUCUCUUCCAGGUCAAGAACUACAUCGCCGUUCUCGCUACACCCGUUGAAGUGGUUAUCUCCAUUUUGUACUGGGGUAUCAAGUUCGUCGACUCGAAGCUGCUCAUGCCUGACGAGUUCUACAUCGACAUUCUCCCGGAUGUAGGAUUCCACCUUGCACCUGCAGUUUUCUUGACCAUCGAUCUUCUCUUCUUCAGUCCUCCAUGGACUAUCCCGGCUUAUGGUAUGAUGGCGCUCAGCACAGCCUUUACAUUCGCCUACUGGUUCUGGGUUGAGCAUUGCUAUAGUCACAACGGAUGGUACCCUUACCCUCUGUUUGAACUCCUUACGACGGGCCAACGGAUUGCGUUCUUCACUUUUGCAGCUGCUUUGAUUGUCGUUUCCGCAUCAGGCCUUAAGUGGUUGUAUGGACGAGUCAAUGGUUACGAAACCGCACAGAAAGAAGCCCACAAGCCUCUUAAGCAGGUUCGAUGA